AUGAGUGAAGAAGCAUUAAGGCUGAAGCUAUUUCCAUUCUCAUUAAGAGACCGAGCUAGGUCAUGGCUCAACACUUUGCCUCCUGAUUCCGUCACAAAUUGGAAUGAUCUUGCUGAAAAGUUUCUGCGCAAAUAUUUCCCUCCCACCAGAAAUGCAAAAUUUCGAAGUGAAAUCAUGUCAUUCCAGCAGCUUGAAGACGAGUCCACUAGUGAUGCGUGGGAAAGAUUUAAAGAGCUUUUGAGAAAAUGUCCACACCACAGUAUCCCACAUUGUAUACAAAUGGAGACAUUCUACAAUGGUCUCAAUGCAGCCUCUCGAAUGGUCUUGGAUGCUUCAACCAAUGGAGCCAUUCUUUCCAAGUCUUACAAUGAAGCAUUUGAGAUUUUGGAAAGGAUUGCAAGUAACAACUAUCAAUGGUCAAACACCAGAGCUCCUACAAGUAGAAAGGUGGCGGGAGUUCUUGAAGUAGAUGCAUUAACAGCUUUGACAGCCCAAAUGGCCUCUAUGACUAAUACUCUGAAAAAUAUGAGCUUGGGGAACAACAUUCAGCCAGCUGCUGCCAUUCAAAGUGGAGACAUUUCCUGUGUAUAUUGUGGAGAUGGGCACAUGUUUGACAAUUGCCCUUCUAACCCAGCAGGAGUUUGUUAUGUGGGAAACCAGAAUUUUAACCGAAACAGUGGCCCAUACUCAAAUUCGUAUAACCCAGCUUGGAGGCAGCAUCCGAAUCUGUCUUGGGGGGGGGGUCAAGGAGCAAGUUCCAGCAACACACCAGCACUAGGAACGCAAGCUUAUCCACCAGGUUUUUCUCAGCAGCCAAGGGCUCCACAACCGCAACACCCUCAAGGCUCUCAAUCCAAUUCUUUGGAGAGUUUAAUGAGGGAUUAUAUGGCCAAGAAUGAUGCAAUGAUACAAAGUCAGGCAGCAUCUCUUCGAAACCUUGAAAUGCAGCUGGGGCAAUUGGCCAAUGAAUUAAAAAAUAGGCCGCAAGAAAAUUCUGAGGAGAAAAUAAAGGGCAGUGGGGAGCCCACUUCAAUCCAAACCGAAGGAGAAUCGAGUAACAAAACUGCCCAGGAAAUUACUGAAACUGGCCUAGUUGCUACAGCAAAGGGUCAGCAAUAUGUUUCAGUAAAUUCUGGACCUAAACCGCCCCUUCCAUUUCCUCAGAGAUUUCGGAAACAGCAACAGGAUGGUCAAUUCAGGAAGUUUCUGGAUGUGUUGAAACAGCUGCAUAUUAACAUCCCCUUGGUCGAAGCACUGGAGCAAAUGCCAAAUUAUGUUAAGUUUUUAAAGGAUAUCUUGACGAAGAAAAGGAGAUUAGGGGAGUUUGAGACUGUAGCUCUUACAGAGGGUUGCAGUGCUAUGUUGAAAAGUAAGAUCCCUCCUAAGUUGAAAGACCCUGGCAGUUUUACGAUUCCGUGUUCUAUUGGAGGUCGGGAUGUUGGAAGAGCAUUAUGUGAUUUGGGCGCGAGCAUUAACCUCAUGCCAAUGUCUAUCUUUAAGAAGCUGGGUAUUGGUGAAGCACGGCCUACGACUGUUACAUUGCAGCUUGCCGAUAGAUCCAUGGCUCAUCCCGAGGGAAAAAUAGAGGAUGUUCUAGUACAAGUUGAUAAGUUUAUUUUUCCGACCGACUUUAUCAUCCUAGACUAUGAAGCGGAUAGAGAAGUGCCCAUUAUAUUGGGUCGGCCAUUUCUUGCUACAGGGCGUACUCUCAUUGAUGUGCAGAAUGGGGAACUUACUAUGCGAGUUAAUGACCAGUAA